AUGCAUUUACAGGCACAACAACACCACAUAGUGCAGACUCACCAACAGCAAGUGCAUAUCCAGCACCAGCAGUCGCAACAACACCAACAGCCAGUGGCACAACAUUUUCAGCCACAGCUGUCGCAACAUACAAACCACCACUAUGUACAAAUCCAACAACAGCCAGUUUCACAUCAUAUCCAGCACCAGCAGUCGCAACAACACCAACAGCCAGUGGCACAACAUUUUCAGCCACAGCUGUCGCAACAUACAAACCACCACUAUGUACAAAUCCAACAACAGCCAGUUUCACAUCAUAUCCAGCACCAGCAGUCGCAACAACACCAACAGCCAGUGGCACAACAUUUUCAGCCACAGCUGUCGCAACAUACAAACCACCACUUUAUAGAAAUUCAACAACAGCCAGCUUUACAUCAUAUUCAGCCACAGCAAUCGCAACAACAUGAAGAACAAAAUCACCAAUCCGUAUAUGUUCAACAACAGCCAUUUCCACAACGAAAGCGUCAUCCCCUACAACCCUCGUCUUUUAAUAAUUUAUCUACCGAAUUGGAAAAUCUCAAUUUGAGGCAGAGUAAAGACAGUGAUCGCGUAACGGAUGUGGAAUCAAGCCAUGAAAAUGAGGAAAAUAAUGAAGGUGGUACAUUUCUAUAG